UGUCAAACCAUCCUCGAUGUCGUCUUUUUAUCCUGGAAGACGCUUUUCUACAAAAGGCGAACGCUGCACGGUGCGUUAUGUCGGUGAAGUCAAAGGCAAACAAGGCCAGUGGCUAGGCGUGGAAUGGGAUGAUCCUACCCGAGGAAAGCAUUCUGGAACUCAUGACGGGGUGGAGUACUUCGAGUCUGGCUCUUUCCUUCGUCCUUCAGCAGCAUCGGAUCAACCCAAGACAUUCCUCGAAGCACUGAAAACGAAAUACGCAGCCAUCGAAAUUGGAGAGCAUGCAUCAAAUCAAAACGUUAUCAGAAUCAGUGGUAAAGAAGCCGAAGAAGUUGGUUUCGAAAAGAUUGCCCGUCAGCAAGCUCAACUGCAAAAUCUUCGCAUUGUGGUAUUGGACGAUUUGCUCGUCAAGGCUUACGAUGAGGACACCACAAAUUCUCAAGACAGCCUGGACCGGAUAUCAGAGAUAUGUCCAAACAUCACUGACCUCGACCUGGGAAGAAAUCUGUUCGAGACUCUGUCCGAGAUUUCUGAUAUAUGCGAUCGUUUACCAAAGUUAAAGUUCUUGAGGCUAGACCGUGAAAGCUCUUUUCAUGAGGGUGUUUCUGGUCUGGCUCAGAUCACUUCUGCGAGUCUUGAUCAUAUGCUAUGCACGGGCAAAGAAGUCGGUCAAUCCUCUACACGAGACAAGGUUCUUUAUGCUAAUCCUCGACCAGNNCUCGAAACUCUCCUACGCUCAAUGCCGAGUGUCAAGGAACUAUCAGCAUCGAGUAAUCAACUGGGCUCUUUAGAUGGAUGCAAAUUACCAAGCACCUUGACCUCAAUUGCUCUAGAAGACAACAACUUUUCAUCUUUGGAAGAUGUACAACACCUGAGCGAGUGCUGCCCACGACUACGCACGCUAAAUCUCAAGAACAAUCAGAUUUCGCGUACCUUGAGAAACCUACAGCACAAAGAUGCCGUUAAGCUACCGGAAACAAUAGUCGAUCUGGAUCUCGCAUACAAUAACAUAACAUCAUGGGCUAUCAUCAAUCAGCUAUCGACGACCUUUCCAGGACUGGNNAAGCAUCUACGUAUAGCUCACAAUCCCCUAUUCUCCACAUUACGCUCGGCCGACGGCAAGCCUCUCACUUCAGCUGACGGCUACAUGCUCACCAUUGCCCGGCUGCCCCAACUUGAAACUCUCAAUUACUCAAGAAUCACCGACAAAGAACGGCUGAACUCGGAAACAUACUACCUCUCCCAAAUCGGCAGAGAGCUAUCUCUGUCACCCAAGGAAAAGGAGAAGAAUAUACUGGCAUCUCACCCAAGGUGGAAGCAGCUGUGCGAGGAGUAUGGAGAGCCGAAGGUUGAGCGUAAAGCAGCAAGCGGGAUUGAUCCCAAUUCUCUGGCAGCAAGGCUACUAGAAUGUACGGUGUAUUCGCCGGCGGCAGCUGGAAACAUCAAUCUGCCAAACGAACAGAAUCCGCUCGUAGUUGAGAUACCCAAAGCCUGCAGCAUCUACAAGGUUUAUGGGAUUCUCGGCAGGCGUCUGGGUGCCGAGCCUACUCAACUCCGGCUGAUUCUGGAGACUGGCGAGAAAGAUCGCGUAGACAUGGCAACAUGGAACGGGGUAGAGGAAUGGGAUUCUGAUGAAGACGAUGCAGAAGACGUCGGUGAACAGUGGAAGGAAAGAGAAGAGGAGCUUGUGCCUGGUACGAGACCACUGGGCACUUUUGUCGAGGGAUCAAAGGCAAGGAUCAGGGUCGAAUAUAAGGCCAGGUCGAAC